AUGCGCCGGACGAGUAGUACGCCGGAUCACGGACAACACAAGAUUACUACAAAACUGUCUAGGGCCCAGGGCGGUUCAUCAUUAUUUUUGGUAUCCCCCUUCAUAAAAUCUAGGAUGCAAAAUACAAAGAGCCCGUAUUUCGAGUGCAUCCAGGAAGCAGCGUUGCCUCUCAGGAUCACCGUACAGAUGCAGAACUCCUCGCACAGUGGAAUCUGGAUGGGAAUUACUCAGACAGGGCAAAGUCAAAGCUUUGCUUCAGAACACGUCCGUUAUGGAGGUUCAGUCGAAAUAUCGUUCGUGGCGUCUCACCGUUCGAACCCCCAUACUACCGCUCUCCACUCUAUCAUGGCCAAAGAGGACCGUCACACUGCAGAUGGAAGAGCAUUUACCUGGGUCUAUCUUGGAAAAGGCAAUGCAACACGUGAUGGCGGAUUCACCACUCCCAGGCCGAGGUAA